AAAAACAGAAAGUAAGGUUGAAGUCAGCGUGAAGCGCUCUGUACUGAGAGAGAGCGCGGGGGGAGAAAAACAGAAAGUAAGGUUGAAGUCAGCGUGAAGCGCUCUGUACUGAAUGAACGCGAGUCGGCUGAAGCUCCCGAAUCAAAGCUCCCUCAAUGAGAGGCGCGAGACGAGUGCAAACACCAGAUUGAUCCGUGCGUGACGCGGCUCUCCUAAAUGUUUAUUUACCAAACGUGAAAAGUCUCUAGACCUGUUUUAAAAGACUUUAUGAAUUCUUUUGUAUAUCCAGCUUCCAAAAAAUAUGGAUGAAGUUGUGAAAGUGGAGCCGCUGUGAUGUUUUGGGGAGAUCUAUGUGAAGAGUCUUGAGGAAUGAGUCGAACCGCAUCAGCGACUGUUAUUCCGGUGGAUUGUCCUUCUGAGCUCGCACUUUGAGUUUUCGGAUUGUCUGGAAUGUUUGCGAGGUGGAUUUCACCGGGUUCAGUUCGGUUAACUGUUUUGCUUUGGCUGCUGACGGUGUCAUUAACUCUCGGGUCUGCUUCUGAGCUGAAGGUAAGGGUUCGUUUGGCCGAUGGACAGAUCACAGAUGAACUUCUGGAAGCGGACAGUGAGAAAGACUCCAUCACUGUGGAGUUUAAACAGGGAGAUGGGACUCUUAUAACUUUUGUGGCCGAUUUCAAGCAGGAUGUGAAGAUCUUCCGGGCGCUGAUCCUGGGGGAACUGGAGAGAGGGCAGAGCCAGUACCAGGCGCUCUGCUUCAUUACACGGCUCAACCACAAUGAGAUCAUCCCCAGCGAGUCCAUGGCCAGACUCCGACAGAAAAAUCCCCUGGCCAUCCGCACAGCGGAAGAGAAGAGAAGCACGGAGAUGCUGAGCAUGGACGUAGCAGUCAAUUUGACACGGACGUGGCAGCUGAGCACCCACAUCCACAACAUGUGCAACGUCGCCCUGGAGGCUGUGUACACGCGUGAGGCUGAUGUCAGACACUGGCUGGACAGAGGCGUGGAGGGCUCCAUGUUCGAACCUCAAGCAGUGGAGGUGCCAGGCCUGCAGAGCUGCGGGACAGUGAAGGACCUGUGGCAGCCUUGCUUGUGUAGUUACAACCUCAGAUUGGAAUGGUACCCCUGCCUGCUGAAGUACUGCCGCAACAGGGACGUCUCCGGCAGGGGCAGCCCAUAUAAAUGCGGCAUCAAGAGCUGCAGCAAAGGCUACCAGUUUACUUACUACGUACCCCACAAACAGCUGUGCCUAUGGGAGGAAGAGACCUAGAUCCACAUAUGCUUCUGCAAAAACAUAUUUAAUGUGACCUUCUCCACAAAUUUCAUUCACCUCCAAGCCUUCAGACUCAUGCCUUCUGCACAGAGCAGAAAUGAUGCUGGAUGGGUGUGGAUGGAGCGUCAUUUGAGCAGCGCUAGUGCUCUAAUUUUGUUUCUCCAGAGCAGUUGCUCACAUCUUUAAGCUGGUCAUUAGUUUUAAAACUCUUCUUACUCUUACCAGCACUGUGGAAUGAGUAUCUUUUGAGUCUUGAGACCCAGGUGAGUUUGGGACGAGCAACCUGUGAAUU